AUGUCCUUGCCAUCCUCAUACAUCAAAGAAAUCGACAACCUCAACCAAGAGGUGCUCAAAUCAAACCCGACCGACAUUGUCCAAUUCUGCGCUAAUUAUUUCGCACGGCGGCUAGAGCUUGAGCGUGCUCAAUUCUCACUGUCAGAUACACAUAAGGAUCGCGAAAUGUCUGGAAGCACAUUCCCUGGCCGUCUCGGUACAAACGUCAACCCCUUCGGUGGUGAUGGCGGGGGUGCGGGGAGUACUCAAUUGAGCUCUGGCUCGAUUUCCAAGGUCGUGGAGGAGGAUGAGAAUGACACAAUCACAUCGCCAACAAGCGCAAGCUUCGGCUUCGGUCAAGGCACAGUAUUUGGUUCUCCAUUCGGAGGUGAUGCUGCUGCUGCUGGAGAAGGCCCUCCAUCGUCGUUCAAGCCUACUAGCACAGAGGGAUUCCCAGCACACUAUGGCAUGGGAAGGCGAACUUCCGUGUCUGCGGAAUCACUAAACCCUACAGCCUCUUCAAACGACAACUGGACGCCGCCCUUUCAUCAGAAGACCGAAGAUCAGCUGUUACGGCUGAAGAAAUCCAUCUUUCAGAAUUUUUUGUUCAGUCAUCUUGACGAUGAGCAGAGUGCCCAAGUACUUGGUGCUUUAGUAGAAAAGCCAAUCCCUGCGAAGGGUAUCAAGGUCAUUACACAAGGUGAUCAAGGAGACUUCUUCUACGUGGUUGAGAAAGGGGCCUUUGAUGUCUAUGUCAACCCAAGUGGUGCUUUGCAACCGGGUCCGGACGGCCUUGGUAAGCAGGUGGGAACGAUUCAAUCAGGCGGUUCAUUUGGAGAAUUGGCUCUUAUGUACGGAUCUCCAAGAGCCGCAACGAUCAUCUCAACCGAAGCGGGCUGUACCUUGUGGGCUCUCGAUCGUAUCACUUUCCGCCGGAUCUUGAUGGACUCAACUUUCCAACGCCGUCGGCUGUAUGAAAGUUUCCUCGAGGAAGUCCCUAUUCUCUCCACUCUCACAAAGUAUGAGAGGUCAAAGAUUGCAGAUGCUUUGGAGACGCAGAAAUAUCCAGCUGGUACAACGAUCAUCAAAGAAGGUGAUGCCGGCGAAGCUUUCUACCUCCUGGAAAGUGGCGAGGCCGAGGCUUUCAAGAGCGGUGUACAGAACCCCGUCAAGUCCUAUCAGAAAGGGGAUUACUUUGGAGAACUCGCCCUACUGAAUGAUGCCCCAAGAGCUGCCAGUGUUGUCAGCAAGACAGAAGUCAAGGUUGCCACACUUGGAAAAGAUGGCUUCCAGAGAUUGCUGGGUCCUGUUGAGAGCAUCAUGAGAAGAACUACGUAUGAUGAAGGAGUUGAAGCGGUUGAUCCUCUUCACCAAGGUUAA